CUCGCUAAUUCGCGUUAAUCGACAAAAGUUUAACUUGAUACAACUUCACAGUUAUACAAAGUUGGCGUUCACUUCCCUCACGUUUGAGGGAAAUCCCUCAUCGUUGUUGUUAUCGACGUCAUCGCGGCUCUUAUCCGCGUGUUUUUUUUUAGUUUUAUUGCUCGUUGGUGGCUUGUGGUUGUUGUAUUGGGGUGGGGGGGUGUGAGACAUCAACUGACAUGCCGAGGCUACUCAGAUUCAAGAAAUUUGAUUAUACUCAGCCUGAGGACUUUGAAGACGACGACGGUGACUUCUCAUCGGCCUCUCUUCCGCCAAGCAAAAUGUCUCAAGCGGUGACCAAUUCUGACGAUGAAAAUGGCGACAAGGCAAAGCCUGCAAAGAAGGCCUUGAGCGGAACCAAGAAGUCCCGUCAAGUCACGGCCUUGAACACAGCAGCAGGAACAGCAAGAGACGGAAGACCGUCCCUGGACGACGAGCGUCUCUUUGAGAGGGAGCUCAAGGAGGUCCUUGCCCUCGCUGGUGAUCAGACGGAAGUGGCGGCGUCUUCGCGGGAGAGUUCACAGGAAGCCGUGGGCAGUGCCACCGUCAACACGGACGACCCACCCGACAACGAGACGGGCGAGUCCUCGGAGUCCGCUGGGAAGUCCGACAGCGAUGACAGCGACCACAAGAAGCCCUUCUGGAAGUUCAAGGUGCCUAGGGUCACCGCCGCCACCGCCAACAGGAGAGGGAGCAAAGCCGCCGUGGCCAGGGGCAGCAGAACAACGGGCGCGGCGCGUGGAGCCGGGGCGGAUGUCGGGCCAGAUCCUGCCCCUCGGCAAUCAGCGAAGCGCCUCCCCCCGCCCGCGUUCAACGAAGCCGGCGUCGCGGAUCGUGCCACCGCAUCGCCUCUACCCAAGUGGGUUCCUCCAGGUCCGGCCUUGCAUCUUGGCCUCUCGAAACGAGCCAAGCUGACGCCUCUCCACCCUGACUCAACAUGAAAUCACCACGGAUCACCACAGAUCACCACGGACCACCACAGCCCGCCACAGAUCACCACAGAUCACCAUGGACCACCACAGCCCGCCACAGCCACCAGCCACUGACUCUUUCAACAUGCCAUGACAUGUCCCAGUCAGCCACUAAGCCAUUCCACUUGCCACGGUCUGCGAGUGAUACAUUCCAAACUCUGAGCACUACCACGGUUUGCCACUGAACCAUGGCCUUGUCUGGGACAAGCACUUACCCAUUCAACCGCCAAGGGCUACUACCACUGACAGCCCAAGUGCAACUCAACUUGCCAUUACUCAACGUAUACAAGACCCGCCAUGCCUCAAUAGGUGCGGUCUGCUGUAAGCCGACCUGACUUGCCACCGUAGAGAUUGCCGCAGCCCGCUGUGAGGUGACUGCUCGCUGCCUGCAGCCACGGCCUAGAGCACGGCUGCUAGACUGACUUGAACCACCGCCGAAGACAACCUCAGCUGCCGUGGCUGAAAUCUGAGGCACAGUUUAACAGUGAAAGCCCUUUAUUCCAAUUCAAUAGCACGUUUUUUGUUAGCACAUGGAUGAAAAUCAUCUGAAUAACUUAGUUUUAAUGCUUUUCGUUAGAGUCUGUAGAGCAGUUUCGUUCUGCAUUUAGUUUAUUGUUAUAUAGCACGAGUGUUUGGUGUAAACUUUAACGCAAGACUGGUUAUAAUUCUGUAUGACUUCACGAGAUAUUGGCCGGACUAGAAAUGUUUUCAUCCUGGCCUCACUGCACAACUCUCAACCCAUUGUCCUGAAAUUUAAAGACGUGGCCCAAAAUUCAAACGGCUGUUAUCUUUCGAUUAAAAGCUUUCGUGACUGCAGGGAUUCAUCUUCUUGGUUCUUUCGGUAAAGUCACGUAGAAUGGAAAUAA